GGAGCAGAUAACAGCCAGCCAGCAGCAACCAGCCAGCCAGCAGAUAACAAGGAGCAAACGGAGCAGCGCAGGGAGCAGGGAGCACACGGGCACCGGCAAACGGGCACAAGCAAGGAAGCAAUCUUCCCCAGCUAUGGUUGGAAAAGGCUCCCCAAGGUUCAAUAUGAGCAGUUCACCAAAGCUGCGUAGGUACAUGUCUACAACAAGUGCUAGUAAAAAGAAGCCUUCUCCUAAAUGCAGUGGGGCAAAAAAGAGUGGAGGUUCUCCAAGAGUGAAACAAAGAGCAUAUUGGAAUCCAGCCCUAGAGAGGUCCCUUGUUGACAUUCUCCAUGAGUGUAAAGAUAGUGGCUAUAGAGGUGACAAUGAAUGGAACUCUGAAGGGUGGAAUAAGAUGGUCAAGGAGUUGCAUCUGAGGAACAAGUAAUGUUUUCUACACAAAGGCUCAGAUUCAGGAGAAAGAAGGUCAGUUGAAGAGAGACUACAAGACGCUCAAAGCGGCAAAGCAACAGAGUGGGUUGAGCUGGAACGAGAAAAGAAAUAUGGUUGAAGAACCACCAGCUAUGUGGACAAAUCUCAUGGUGACAUUCCCUAAAAUCAAGAAGUUUAACAAUAAGGCAACCUUUCCACUCUUUGAUGCUUUGAGAGAGCUUUAUGAUGGGCGCUUGGCUGAAGGGAUUUACAAUGUCACUUCUCCUGAGACACUGCAAGAGGAAGAACCCCCUGAGCAACUUCAGGAUGCUGAAGAUGAGCCACAAGGCUCUGAUGACAAUGUGGUUCAUGAGGUAAAUGAUGAAGGUGGUGAUGGCACUGAAAGGAACGAAGAGGGGCUUCAAGGAAUGGCUGAUACUCUGUCACGAGAUGAAGAAAAUGAUGCUCCAGCUAUUGAAAGAAGUGGAUAACAUAGACCUGCUGCAUCAAGAAACAAACAAGAAAAGGAACUAAAGAGGCCUAGGAAGAAUGAAAACAUAGUAGGCAUGAUGGGGGCAUACCUAGAAAUGAGGACUAAGCAAGCAGAAGCUGAAGCUGGAGUUGCUGAUCGUGCAAAAGAAAUGGAGGAAAGAGAAAGGGAGACAAGAGAAAGGGAGGCAAGAGAAAAGGAUGCUGCUCAAGCUUCUGAUUUCUGGAUCAGAAGGUGCAUCUCAGUUCUGAACACAAUGAAAGUGAUGAAAGAAGAAAAGAUAAAAGCAUAUGCAAUCUUCAUCAAAAUCAAAGAAAAUAGAGAGACUUUCAUAUGUGCUUGUGAAGUAGAUCAAGAAUCGGCCUUGAUUUGGCUCAGAAGUGAGAUGGCUUAGCACGUAUGUAUGAUAUUGCAGCCCAUUGGUUAGACACUAACUUAUCCAGCUUAGUCACUGCAUUAAGCUUCCCAUGUCACUGAAGAAAACCAUCAUAGAGGCACAGAGUGAUUGGAACAUAAAAAGAAAAAUACACAUAAGACAAACUCAUCCAGGUCACUCCGUACCAUUUCAAAUAGCUCAGCUGUUAGCAUUCCUAUAAUAUUCAAUAUUUUAAAUAGCCUAGCAUGAAUCCAUGUGUAUAGUUGGCAGUGAGGAUAUAGGGUGCAAUGUACUCCUUGGGGGGCCUGUUAUUUUC